UAUGUAUCACUAUUUUGUGGUUGUAGGAGGAAUGAUUCUUGGUUUAAUAGUAUUGGCUGUGUUGAAUAAGAAUGAAUCUCAAAAAAAAAAAGUAAAAAUUGAUGAUUAAGAUGAACAAACUAAGUUAAAAGAAUAAAAUUAAUAUGAAAAAUAAGAAUCAAACAAAUUUGAACCAUAAAAUACUAAAGAUGAUAUGGAAGCUUUAAGGUAAAGGAAAAUAGAAUCAGAUGAAAGAAAAAAUAAAAUAUUUAAGAAUCUAUCAGUUGAAGAUAGAUAAUUAGUUGAAGAAUAUUUUAAAAAAUAAGCAAAACAAUAUAUAUCUGGUGAGGUUAAUCCUGCUGAUAGAAGAGCAGCUAAAUUAAUAUAGAUUAUUAAAUUUUCUCUUUAUGUACUAUUUGGAUUGGCAGUGUACAUAAGUUUAACAAUUGCUUUUAAUACUACAUCACCUUUAAUGAUUAUAGAAAAUUUAAAACAUUUAGUAAGAACAUUUUUAUCGCAAUUAUUUGCAAAACACUGA